AUGCAGUGCUGCAAGGGCCGGCUGCUUGGCAUUUCCGUGGCCGUUGCCCACGGCGUGUUCUCCGGCUCCCUGAACAUCCUCUUGAAGCUGCUGAUCUCUCGCUACAAUUUUCUCUUUCUGACGCUGGUGCAGUGCCUGACCAGCAGCACCGCCGCUCUGACCCUGGAGCUGCUUCGAAGGCUCGGUAAAAUAGAUGUGCCACCUUUCAGCCUGAGUCUGGCCAAAGUGUUCGCCGGAGUCACGCUGUUGUCCACGCUGCAGUCCUGUCUGACCCUCUGGUCACUCCGGGGCCUCAGCCUUCCCAUGUACGUAGUUUUCAAGCGCUGCCUACCUCUGGCCACUCUAAUCAUAGGGGUGUUUGUCCUGAAGAAUGGUGUUCCUUCCAUUGGUGUGAGUGCAGCUGUCCUUCUGACAACCUGUGGAGCAGCUUUGGCAGGAGUUGGCGAUCUCUCGGGGGAUCCAGUGGGCUAUGUGACCGGGAUCCUGGCAGUGCUGGUGCACGCUGCCUAUCUAGUGGUGAUCCAGAAGACGGGCCAUGAGCAUCCGUACGGCCCCCUGACAGCCCAGUACACCAUCGCCAUCAGCGCCUCACCCGUGCUCCUGCUCUGCAGCUUUGCCAGCCUGGAUGCCAUCAAGAUCUGGUCCUACCCGCCGUGGCACGAUGCCACAUUCGGCUGUACCUUCACCGCCUGCAUCAUGAUCGGCUGCCUCAUGAACUUCACCACCCUGCACUGCACUUACAUCAACUCGGCGGUAACCACCAGCUUCGUUGGCGUGGUCAAGAGCAUCGCCACCAUCACGGUGGGCAUGCUGGCAUUCAGAGACGUGGCGCCCACCUCUGUGUUCAUUGCCGGCGUGGUGGUUAACACAGUGGGUUCAGUCACCUAUUGCAUCGUCAAGUAUUUCGAGACGAGGCAACAAGCCAAAUACGAGGAUCUGGAGGAGCUGACCAAGAAGGACGAGGAAAGAUUAGUGGAGUCUCCCGCGGUGGCCCCUCAAAUGUAUGAACUGGAGGAAGGUGCCAACGCACAGGCGCUAUCCAAUGGAGGUGUGCAGGCUGACCGCAGCCCACUGACUGAAAAUUAUAUCGGGGUCUGGAGGUUAUUGAGACGCUUGCAACUUUUCAGAAAAGAUCCUUUAGUUGAAAAUAUCUGA